AUGGCGAAGCAGUUGGAUGUGCUGACGGCUCUGGACAUGGCAAAAACACAAUGGUACCAUUACACGGCCAUUGUGAUUGCCGGAAUGGGCUUCUUCACUGAUGCCUACGAUCUCUUCUGCAUCACCACUGUGACUAAACUACUGGGACGAAUUUAUUACGCAGACGUCUCGAAUCCCCACGUGCCCGGCAUUCUACCCUACCCAGUGUCGUCUGCAGUCACGGGCGUGGCCUUCAGCGGAGCCUUAGCUGGGCAGCUCUUUUUUGGAUGGAUGGGCGACAAACUGGGGCGAAAGAAAGUGUACGGCAUAACGCUGCUCCUCAUGAUAUUGUGCUCCAUCUUAUCAGGAUUUUCCUUCAGCAGUUCCAGGGAAGGCGUGAUGGCCACUCUCUGUUUCUUCAGAUUCUGGCUGGGCUUCGGCAUAGGCGGAGAUUAUCCCUUGUCCGCCACCAUCAUGUCUGAGUACGCCAACAAGAAGACCAGAGGAGCCUUCCUCGCUUCCGUGUUCGCCAUGCAGGGCUUCGGCAUUCUAGCAGGUGGGAUAGUAUCCCUCAUCGUUUCUGCCUCUCUUAGAAAGUAUGAGGAGGACAGUCUGACCUUCAUACCAGUCCUUCAAGCAGACUAUGUAUGGAGAGUUAUCCUGAUGCUCGGCGCUGUUCCGGCGGCGCUAACGUUUUAUUGGCGUAUGAAGAUGCCGGAGACGGCGCGCUACACGGCCCUGGUCACCAAGAACGCAAGCAAAGCGGCCGUGGACAUGUCCAGAGUUCUGAAGGUCGACAUCCACGAAUACCAAAGCAAAAUGCAGUCGAACGAUCCGGAAUUCGGAUUGUUUUCUGUCCAGUUCUUGAGACGCCACGGCCUACACCUUCUGGGCACCACUUCCACCUGGUUCCUCCUGGACAUCGGCUUCUACAGCCAAAACCUGUUUCAGAAGGAUAUGUUCAGGACCGUGGGCUGGAUCCUGCCUGCCAAAAAAGUGAAAGCCAUAGAAGAAGUAUAUGUGAUCUCAAAGGCCCAGGUAAUAAUUGCGAUUGUAUCGAUAAUCCCGGGUUACUGGUUCACGGUAGCCCUGAUCGACCGCAUAGGCCGUUUAGCCAUUCAGUUCAUGGGCUUCUUCUUCAUGUCCCUCUUCAUGUUCGUGCUCGCUAGCAAGUAUGAGUAUUGGGUAGAUCACAAGUAUAGCUUCCUUGUCAUGUAUGCGUUCACCUUUUUCUUCGCUAACUUCGGCCCGAACAGCACUACAUUCAUUUACCCAGCCGAGCUUUUCCCUGCGAGACUUCGCUCGACCUGCCACGGCAUAUCCGCUGCGUGCGGAAAGGCAGGAGCCAUUGUUGGUGCUUUUGGGGUUGGUCACCUUACUCGACACAAGAAGCACAUCUGGGGGGCUCUGUUGUUGCUCGCUUUUAUGAAUGCUCUAGGUUUUGUUUUCACGUUUCUGUUGCCCGAAACAAAUGGCAGAUCCCUCGAAGAAAUCUCUGGAGAAACUGAUGGAGCAGCUGAGAAUGACAAGGACCCUAAAAUUCUAUCCACCCUCAUUGUGUAG